AUGAAAUAUCUCAAGUCAGUUAUCCAACAAACGAAACAAACGUCACAAUUGAUUGAUCGUUUCAACGAAGAAACACGUUUCGAAGAAAGAAAAUUAGAAAAAUUCAAAGCACCGAUUACAUUCAGUGCAUCAUCAAUUCAAUGCACACUUCCAUCAGAUUACCGUCAACUAGAGAAUCUCUCGUCAUUGUCGUUUCUCAACAGAUAUACAAAACCUACAGCUAAUCGACAACAGAUCAUUCUUAAAUUAAUACGAAAACUACAACGUGACAUAGUGAUCGAUCUCGAAGAUGCCAAAGAUGUCGUUUGCGAAUAUUUUAAUUACAAUAAAACAUAUGAUGAUAUACACGAAUUAUUCGAUUUCCUCGAUAUCAAUUCACUGAAUUCACUUCAAGCAAGUGAAAUCGUUGUCAUCUGUUGCUAUGCCGAACGUUAUUUUUUACAUCGAUUAAGUCAAUGUGAAACGUUCUCUUCCCGACGACCUUUACAGGAAAUAAUUGAUUUCGAGUUUUUAAAAAGAAAAUUGCAUGGCAUUAAACUGUGCGAUAGUCUACAACGAUUGUUAACGACUUUACAAGAACCAACUACGAGAAAAAUAUAG